CUAGACAAAAUACAUAUGCAUGUAUAUAAUCGGGCGGGUUCGGCUUGGAUAGUGAGAUAACCAUGCCCACCCAUUACCCGCAAUAUUCGGGUUCGGGUUUUACCCGUACCCACGAAAAAUGCUUCGGGUUCGAGUUUUACCCUACCUGAUUAGAUCGGAUUCGGGUGGAUAUCCACGGUUACAGAUAUUUUGCCAUCCCUAAGCGAACAGAAGUAAAAUCGAAAACCGUCGCAUCUAGCGGUCGAGCCUCUUCAGCAUUCACAUCUCUCUCUCACGCGGGCGCUCACAAAGCACGGUAGGGCAAAUCUGCAAUUCGCUCAGUCGGCGGUGUCGCUCCCUCGCAAAACCUAGCUGCGAAGAUCCUUCCUCCAAUUCUUCUCUCUCCUCGUUCGACCUUUCCAAGAUCCAUGUCUCAGGUAUCCUCCUCCUUCGCACUCGUUAUCUCCAAUUGAUUACGCCUAGUGCUGAACCAUGGAGGAUCUUGCUUUUUCGAAUUUUUCUUCUUCUUUUCGUGCUUGUUUUUUGCGAUUGGUUGGACUUUUGUCUCGAUUGAACAACGGGAGGCGCAAUUCAGGGUGUUUAUGUCAAUGGAUUUUAAUCGAUUUGGCGUAGGUCGCUAUGGAUUCUGUAUUUCGAGAUCGUUUAGCCAUGGGUGUUUUUUUUUGUUGGUGUUUUCUGAUUGUUGAAUUAGUAUUCGAUGUUGGCGAGUGAAGUUUUUUUCUUCUCUCGUUUGGGUAUUGGUGUUCAGGUGGAUAAUAGGAAUUCCUCAGCGACCAAGCGUGCUAGAACUGAUGGCAGUCGCAGGGAAGAUGAUUGGACCUGUCCGAGCUGUGGCAAUGUCAAUUUCUCGUUCAGGACAACUUGCAACAUGCGUAAUUGCACCCAACCGAGGCCAGCAGAUCAUAACUCGAAGUCUGCUCCCAAGCCUCUGCAGCCCCCUCAGCAUUACUCUGCUGCACCUCCCUAUGUAGGAUCUGGGGCACCAUCUUCAAUGUAUAUGGGUGUGCCUCCGUACGGGUCUUCUAUGUUCAAUGGAUCGUCUCUUCCUCCAUACGAAGCACCAUAUUCUGGGGGUUCUGCAUAUCCUUACAAUUAUGGUAGUCGGAUGUCUGCUGGAAGCCCUUAUAGGCCACUCCACAUAUCUACACCACCGCCUUAUUCUGGUGGAUCUAUGAUGGGGAAUGGUGGUAUGUAUGGAAUGCCCCCACCUAUGAUGGACCGCUACGGGAUGGGCAUGCCGAUGGCCCCUGCUGCUAUGGGGCCGAGGCCAACUUUUUUCCCUGAGGACAAGACUCAGAAAAAUGAUGCUACACGUGAUAACGACUGGUCCUGUCCAAAAUGUGGAAACAUAAACUUCUCCUUUAGAACUGUUUGUAACAUGCGGAAGUGCAAUACACCCAAGCCAGGAUCCCAGCCUGCAAAGUCUGAUAAAAAUUCAAAACAAAAGAUGCCGGAGGGAAGUUGGAAAUGUGAAAAAUGCAACAACAUUAACUAUCCAUUCCGAACUAAGUGUAAUAGACCGAAUUGUGGGGCUGAGAAACCAGUGGAGACACAGAAGUCCCCUUCACCUGCAGCUGAAGAGAAUGAGCAGUGAGUACUAGGGACAUGUUUGAGAAGGUCCACAGUUGUCGUCCAGCGUUGCUCUCGUAUGGGUGUCUGAAAGUCAGAGUCUUGUCGUCGUCCUCAUGGUGUGGCAGUUGUCGUCGUCGGGUUACUCUUCCUUCUCAUGCUGUCGUCUGUUGAGUUGUUGUAUCGGUUCCUAUGUUAUCUUUCAGUCCUUUGGUGCGUCAUGUGUCCGUCAGAUUGGUCUGGGAAUAUUGCUACAUGUUGGUUGGUGGUUUUCAGUAGUUAGGCGUUUUGUAUCUUUGAAUCAAUUCAUUUAACUUAUAGUGGGUAUGCUUCCAUGAAGUUAGUUUACUGAAAGGAUACACAUGUUCUAUCCGUUAAGAUAUGUGUCCACAUUUGGUAUCGUUUGUUUGACUAGAUGCUUCUGAUAGAAGCAGAAUUCCGUUGCUCCCAUAUUUGGUUAGAGACUUGGCGUGAAGUUGCUUAGUUGUGGUAAGUACACAGUCGUUGGCUUGGCUAGAGGUGGCAAAAGGUGGCAGGGUUGUGUUUCUUUGAGAAUCAAUGCUCUUGAAAAUGAUUUGAUAUGGUGUUCAAGGUAUUUUGGUGUAUUUGUUACGUUCGAGGGCCUGUUCAUAAAGUCUUAAAAGUAUGGGUACCACGCAACGGUGGGUUUUUGUGUUAAUGCUUAGUCGGCAGGUAUGCAAUUAGUAUGCUCUAGUUUUAUUCACUUCGAAUUGGUAGAAUGGAAGUUCGGUUAAUUGCAUGGUUGGUCAUUGAGAUCAACCAUUGAGAUUAAAAAAACGUUCAAGUUUGGUCAUUUGAAAUAUUUAAAUCUAUUGGUGGUACUUCAGUUUACUGAAAUCGUUCACGUGAUACUCCGUCCAACUCCGUUAAUUUUUACUUAUGUGGUGGUCAACUCUAAAAAUUGACCAUUAAAUGUGUGACUCGGGUCGACGCUCGCAGCCAAUCAUGUGUAUGAUUAUUACUGUAUUACAACAUAUGCAUUCCAAGAAUCAAAUAUUCGUGGAAUCACGGUACCCUAAGUAACCCAAAUAGAUAAGAAUCUCUACUUUUCUAUGUUCCUUGCUUGUUGAUUUAGUUCUCCAUUUAGCACUGAUUCAUAGGGGGUGCAUGCAUUUCUAGAUACCUUCGUAUGCAUGUAUGUCGUUGAGUUCCAUCAUAGUUAGAGCCUCGUGUGUGAUUUUAUCUUCUGCAUUGGUGUUUUCUCUAGAUGAUGGUUGAAAACAUUUUAUCUAAUGGGGUCGGUUGAUUUGGGCAUGUUGCUCAAUAAGUUUGGGCCUUGUUUUUGCUUCCAUCACACUUGGUUGGAACUUGGAAGGUUGGCAAAAUUUCUUCAUUUAUAGCGAUCUUUGGGCAAAGCUGAUAGUGCCAGACCGAGAAGGUUUGAAGCUAUCCCCAUACAAAGACACAUCUAUUGCUGGCGCAAACUCGUCAACCUGUGGGCGAGUCAGGUCGGUCGAAUCGCCUAUUUGCCUUGGCCUAAAUAAGCUGUUCCAAGCAUGUAAUAGCAACCCAACAGAGUUUGCUUGGAGCCGAUCAAACUUGAUCAAAACGGGAGAAAUCAAUUGGUUUGGUUGAUCGAGUGUUGGGCCAAACCUAAAACGUAGUCAUUUUUAGUUUCUUCCUCCCCCCAUUUCACAAUAUCUGUUCUCAAUAUUUUUUUUUUUUUUUUUUUUGCUCGAGCCCGACCAGUUGAACUCUUCUCAUAGUUGUGAUAGUGACGACCAACUCCUCUAGCCUCUAUGAGCAGCCUCGCCACUAUCAGUUGGUCUUGCCUACUAUCAACAUUCUAUCGAUAGUACUGUUGCAGAUAGUGAACAUCGGCAAAAGGAUGAUCUUACUUCAGAUUAGGCGAAUCAAAUCAUCUGGGAAGCUAUGCCAAAACAUAGGGAUGGCAAUUACCCACCCAUGGGUACUUUUACCCAAAUCCAAAUAGAUCCAUUUAGUAUGG